AUGGAGGGGUGUUACACCAAUGGUUGUGGAUUCUUUGGAACUGCAGCAACUAUGAACUUGUGUUCUAAGUGCCACAAAGACUUCAUACUAAAGCAAGAAUAUCUACAAGGUAGCUCGGCAAAGACUUUGGUCAGCUCAAGACUGGCAUCCUUUAAUUUAACUACGAACAUGUGUGGUGAUACUAUAAUGAAAGCAGGCCCAACUAGGUGCAGCACUUGCAAGAAACGUAUUGGUCUAACUGGCUACAAUUGUCAUUGUGGAAAUAUUUUCUGUUCAAUUCAUCGCUACUUAGAUAAGCAUGGUUGCACUUACGAUUAUCAAGCUGCUGCACGGGAUGCUAUUGCCAAGGCCAACCCCAUUGUCAAGUCCAAAAAACUUGACAAAAUCUAA